AGGGCGCGAAAAAAAAAAAAGUUUGUCAAUAAGCUUUUAUUUCACUUUUUUGUUUAUGAAUCUAUCCUUGUUUCCAAAUAAAAUAAAAUCGCUAGACGACAGAAGGGAAACACUUCUAUUUUAGAAAGAAAGGGGACCGUCUUUACUUAUAACAAGUCUCUUAUUUAUUGUUUAUUAUUUAUUGAUUGCAUACAACCUUAAUAUUUUAUAUAUAUUUCCUGUUUUUUUUUCUUUCACCAUUUUCUUUUUUAUACUUAACUCUUUUUUCCUCUUCAUUUUUUUUUUGUCUACAACCAGUUUCCAUUAACCUUUUUUCCGCUCUUUAACGAGUCCCUUACCUUCCUUUUAAACUAUCCUUUUUUUAACCACGAUCCUUUUAACAAACCAGUUCCUAUAAAAUAUGACUUCAUCAUUAUCAGCAUUUAGUUCAGUCAGUACAAACAAUGGUCAUACAACAUCAUCGCUACCAUCACCACCUAUAUCCCAUCACUAUCAUAGCAAUGAUAAAAAGAUGCCAACUUGUACCGUGGACCGAGCCCUUCCGCCAUACAUAACUUGUAUUGGUAGUAGUGGUGACCGCAACGGUUUGCUUUCCGACACGCGUUACACGAGUAAUAUUAAUCGACGUCGUGAUGUUGCAGAGUUGAGACCAUUCUUGUUUAAUCCUGUCGCCGAUAAUAACAACAACAGCAAAUAUCAAUUGCCACCCAUUCAGAACUUUAUCAUGACCACACCAACAGCCAGUCCUUCUCCGCCAUUUGACAGUUACUACUGUAAUUCUUCUGCUUCUCCUAUCUCCUCUAUCGCUUCUUCUCCAAAUCCUGUUGAUGAAGAUGAUAUUGAAGAUGAUUUAGUUCAACAGCAGAAAAUGUUAAAUGUUCGUAGAAAAGGGUCUAUCGCAUCUUUGCUUAAUUCAGAUCCUGAAUUAAGACAGUUGGAUGAAGAGGAGAGUAGAUGCAACUAUCAAUCUCAUUUUAUUGAUAGUUACCAUCCAACUAUUCAACUUCAACAAUCUUUAAAAAGAGGAAGACCUAGGCAAGAUCACAUUGACAUUAUAUAUAAUCAGCAACAUCCCGUCAUUAAAAAGCAACGUCAGAGUUUUGAAACUAUAAGUAAUAACGUAGAUUGUGUACAACAACAGGCCUGUCAAUCAUCUUCUUCCGUUGUUACUUCUAUUACUAUUGAUUCUCCACGUGCAACAAAAGGCUUGCGGCAUUUUAGUAAACAAGUCUGUGAUAAGGUUGCUGAGAAAGGUAUUACAACAUACAAUGAGGUGGCUGAUGAAUUAGCUUUUGAUAUACAAAAUACAGUUAAAAAUGAGAAACAUACUUAUGAUCAGAAAAAUAUCCGAAGACGUGUGUAUGAUGCCCUCAAUGUAUUGAUGGCGAUGAACAUUAUUGCAAAAGACAAAAAGGUCAUAAAAUGGCUUGGAAUACCUGAAUGUUAUAAACAAAGUAAUAGCGACGAGAACGUAAUGGCAACUGAACAAGAAAAUCAAACGUCCAGACAGUUAUUGUUGAAGCAAAUUGAAGAAGAAGAAUUACGUCAAAGGGAGCUGACAGGCUCUCUAGUCUCAUUACGAGAAGGUGUAAAUAGUAAACUUUCAAAACAUCUACAAAUCCGUAAUCUUGUUUGGAGAAAUCAACAAAAAGAAGAGAAUGAUAGUAGCAGUAGAAUUUCACUUCCAUUUUUUAUUAUAGCGUGUCCAUCAACGAAAGAAAUUGUCAAUGACAGUCAAUCUGCAGUGAUAACAUUCUAUCAAGACAACUUUCACGACCACAAAGUUGUUUAUGAGGAUAGUGAAGUCUUACAACAUUUACAUUUAAACAGUGAUCCGUCCGCUACCCGAUCCUGAAAUCUUCUUUUAGUAGUUCCGAGCAUCAACAAAUAUAACCAGCCUUCAAAUACCAUUACUACAUACAUAUCACUAUUACUAUUUUACUUAUAUACAACUCAAAUGCAUGCAAAAUUUUCUUUCGUUCUUUCGCUCUUUUAUUAUACAUACACGCACACACUUCUUUUUAAAUCACAUUUUUCUCUCUUUUAACAAAUUAUGUAUGAAAAAAACAUUUUAUUUAUUUUUUAUUAAAAUCACUAUCAAUCUCUAGAUUGAUUCUACAGUUCCCUGAAACCAAAA